GGGAGCACGUGUGUUUACAAAUGAAGUGUGUAAUUGCAGACACUGAUGUUUACGUUGUGAUGUGCGUAAUAAGAUACUGCUCUUAAGCUGCUGUAUGUCGUGUAUUAUUCGCUGUGUGACAAAAAUUUACCCAAAUUUUUGUGUAAAAUGGAUUUUAAUGAGAGCAUUUCGAUAAAUGUUGGAAGUUUUUCUUCUGAUGUCGACAACAUAUCGAAGGUUGGAAAGACACGUUUAACAGUACCUUCUGCGGUUUCCAACAAAGGUAUGGUAAAGAAAGCUGUUAAGCACAAGAGAAAAUUUUCCAAAGUUGAAGGUUUCGAUAGGGAAACUGUUAGUGAUACACACCUGGAUGAACAAAAAUCUACACAUAUUCAGUCUGAGAAAUCUACCAGUUCCAUACCUAAUGCCACAGAACGUUUUAAGAGAAAGAAAUCUAAUGAUGCCGAGAAUAGAGAUGACUUUCCUGAGCAGGGAAUCGAGCUGAACACAAAAGAAAGCCAAUUUCGAGCAAGGAUGUUGGAGAAACAGCCCACAGAACCAGUGAAGGAAAUUUUAUUUUCUACAGAGGAAUUUAAAGCGUUGCCUAUUCAUCCUUUUACUGUCUCUAACUUGAACCAAAAUAUGAAUAUAAAUAAGUUAACAAUGGUUCAGAAAUUGGCAAUACCAACCAUAUUAUCAGGUGUGGAUGUUUUAGUUAGAUCACAGACAGGUAGUGGCAAAACUUUAGCAUAUGCUGUGCCUAUAAUUGAAGCUUUGCAAAAAAUAAGACCAAAGCUGUCACGAAAGGAUGGCGUCCAUGCUCUCAUUAUCGUGCCAACCAGGGAAUUGGCUCUACAGACUUACGAAGUAUUCGUCAAACUUCUUAAACCAUUCACAUGGAUAGUACCCGGAUGCCUGAUGGGUGGCGAAAAGCGGAAAUCGGAGAAAGCACGGCUAAGAAAAGGAAUAACUAUAUUGGUGGGCACACCUGGGCGACUUUUAGAUCAUGCUAACAAAACUCGUGCCCUGAGGUUUGAUCGUACCUCAUGGCUGGUUGUAGAUGAAGCAGACAGACUGUUUGAACUGGGCUACGAACGUGACAUUAAUGCCUUGUUGCAGUUGUUGGAUGAUCACCGGAAAGAAUAUGAAUUGUGUUAUGGUGCUGGAUAUGGUAGCAUUCUUCGUCAGAGUGUACUCCUCUCUGCAACACUUACACCAGCUGUUAAAAAUCUUUCUAAUCUUGCUCUAAGAGAUCCAACAUACAUUGAGACUGCUGAAGAAGGUGGAACUGAAGUGAAGAAGGAUACAGAUAUCACCCUGCCUUCAACUUUAUCUCAAUACUUUAUGAUGACACCAGCAAAACUUCGCCUUGUCAGUCUCAUUGCAUUCAUUGUCUGCAAAUGUCAGUUCAGUGAAGAAAGGAAGAUCAUAGUGUUCUGUGGAACACAAGAUAUGGUGGACUUCCAUACAGACAUAUUCUCAGUAGUUCUGAAUGAUACUUCAGCUGCCAUUGGUAAUAUAUCAUCUGAGGAUGACAUAUCAGAUGAAGAGAGUGAAUCAAACUCAUUGAAGAAAAAGAAGAAACUUAAAACACCGCUUGUUGUCAAACAAGAUGAAGAAGAAGGAGCCCUUGCAGAUAUUGACGUUUUCCGGCUGCAUGGACAUAUGUCUCAGCAGGAAAGAACAGAAGUUUUCAAAACAUAUAGGAGUGCCUCGCGUGGUGUGCUUUUCUGCACAGACGUGGCGUCCCGCGGCCUGGACCUGACGCUGGUGGACUGGGUGGUGCAGCUGUCGCCACCGCAGUCCGUGUCGCACUACGCGCACCGAGUGGGCCGCUCCGCUCGCGUCGGCGCCCACGGCUCUGCUUUGCUCUUCCUCGUCGAUUCGGAGCUCGAGUUUGUCGAGAAACUCCACGAAGCUCGCAUCAGUUUAGAGGAGCAAGAGAUGUCUACCUACUUCGAGUACUUGAAGAUGGCCGUUAAUGCUUCGCCGAGAUGGAAAAGUGAGCUGGAAACCUACCUUCAUAAAGCAGAAACUGUAGCAGUAGGUCUCCAGCACUCUCUUGAAGACAUCGUGUUAAACGACGAGAAACUUAAGCAGAAGGCAUGUAAAGCCUAUACAUCGUGGAUGCGCUUUUACUCGAGCUACCCGAAGGAAGUGCGGUCUAUCUUCAACAUGAAGCGGGUGCACCCAGGGCACUUCGCGUCCAGCUUCGCGCUGCGCAUGGCUCCGUCGCAGAUCGUCCGCUGCUCCAAGGGUCUGCCGACUACCCCACUCCCGCCCAGGCCGAAGAAGACAAACUCGCCCGUCAAGAGGCCACAGCAGCUGAAGUCAACAGUUUCCGAGUAUGACAGCGGGUUACCAGCCAUCAAAAAGCGACGUAAAUCUGGAAUAAAAUAAACGAUCGAUGAACAGAAAAGAAAAGAAAGAAAAAAAGUGUGAAACAUUCCUGAACCACGUGAGCAGUUGCUGUCAGUGCUCAAAUCUCGGUACAUAAAUGAGAAAGAAAAAUUGCUCACGUGCUUUGAGGCACAUCUAAUGAAACUUUAUUCUCCUACCACUAUGCAGUAGUGCACUGCAGAUCUUUACCGUAGUUACACUCAUAGUCGCAAACACAUUUUUUAAGAUAAUUCAUUCUAGAGCACUUUCCCAUAAUCCAUGACGUCCGCCGAGGUUCUUUCCUGUAAAAGGAAACGUACACGCAGAGUUUUCAUAUUUCAUUAGUAUGUUGUGUUUGAGGGGCCAAAAUUAUGUAACCGUGAUAAUUGCGUAAGCAUAAACGCACCCUCCCGGAUAGCCGUGCGUCUUGCAGUGCCGCUUCCGGGACGGAAAGGUGCGCCGACCACGGAUCUAAUCUGCCCGGCGGAUUGGCGACGAGCGUCGGUGUGGUUUUUAGGCGGUUUCCCACAUCUCACCAGGUAAAUACUGGGCAGGUACCCAGGUCCCGCCUCAGUUACAUGGUUCGCAAACAUUUAGAAAAACACUCGCACUCCUUCGUAUACAUAACGCUGCACGCAGACGCGAUACAUAUAUUCCCUCUCAGAGGGAUAACAGGGUGUCGACAGGAACGGUAUCUUGCCACCCUGUAAAUUAACCAUACCAAAUCCAUAGUAAGCAUUCAGACUCUGUUUAGGUGCGGGACAAAGACCGAGAAAGACAAGAAAAAGAAAAAUUUCUUAAGUAUAAACGUGUUGGUAUAAUUACUCUUUUUAAAAACUAGUGUAACUAUUUAAUGUCUUCGCAGAAAGUGGGGUUCGGAGGCUUGACUGCUCUGUAAAGUAGGAUAGAUGUUGAUCUGUGGCAUCUCUGCAGAAAGAGCACAAGUGUUACGGGGCACACCGUUCAUCGUAAAAUGUUGAACAUGCAGCUCUGUAGCAGACCAUCCCUACGGGUUCACACGUUGACUCAACGACGUCGUCAAUUGCGAUUGCAAUGAGCAGGGUUCCAUCGGGAUUCGACCGUCGAUCAAUGCAAAUGUAUCGGCUGUUCGAGGGAAUCACAUUUUUGCGACACUAGCUCGAUGGUUGUCUCCACAAACGCCCUCAUCGAGGUGAACGGCGGCUCUAAACGUGCAGUGCGUCACGGGCGCAGGCUGGUGGGAGCAGUAUUAUGCUGUGGGAAACAUUCUCCUGUGCGUUCGUAGCACCUACGGUAGUAAUCGACCACCUGCAUCCCUUCACGCUCGAUCCUUUAUCAUGACACUGUGUGGUCAGACAAUAGUGUACACCGUCUCAUCCCAAUUUUCAAAAAUCCGUUGCUUCUAAGCAUCAAGAGUAAAAUUGUUUAUUUUAAUGUGCAGUUGUUUUGUGCAGGAUCCUACUCACCAGAAUACUGACUAUUUGUAGAUACUCCUUCAAGAGCCCCCUCGGCACAGCAUUUGGUAGGCGGGUAAGGUUCUCCUCCUACACAAAAUCAUAGUUAAAUAGGUGGAUGUCGUGCUUAUGUAAACAGACGUAGGCUACGCUUACGUCCCACCGUGAUGGAAGGAUGCACUACCCGGAAGGGGUAGUGGCGUCGGAGACAACAGUUUUAUUUUUCGAAGAUACACAUAUCCAUAUCGAUGAGCAAUUUUUUUAAAUGAAUUUCAGUAAUCGUGGGAUCUCGGAAGCAAUAAAAGAUUAUAAAGUUGUACAGUCAUACCUUAACACAGUAAUAAAGAAAAUAAAACAUGAUUCCUUAACCUA